AUGUCGGGUGAUCCAGAGGAAGACCAUGUCCCGGACACUUUGGAAGAAGCUGGCGUCCUUGAAGCAGAUGUUGGAGCCAGAUUCGACCAACAGCUAGCGGGAAUUGACCCUAAGCUUAACAUCUUAAUGGAUCCACUUUCACACCAAAAUCUUCGCCCUGAAAUGAUGUUCAUUCGCGAAGAGUUGCGGCAGGCUAAAUUACAGACUCUAGCUGUUCGUCGUAUGGCGUUGAAGAAACUUCUGCUAAAAGACUUCAUGCAAGAGGACUGCGAACUGAGGAAUAUUGGGCUCGCUUACACUCCACCGGACCCGUAA